AAGAGCGCUUCAGGUUUGUACAAAAUAGCCUUUUAGCUUACAUAACGUUUACCGUCAUCCCACCCCCACUCAUUCAGUCAAUACCCAUACUCCUUGGCGGUCACUCGAUCUCAAACAGGCUUGGUUUUAUUAGGCCUUUUCUUACACGAUGCCAAACUCAAAACGUUGACCUUAUUAUCCAACCACAAAACUCUAUAAUCUGGCUCAAUGUUUGACGAUAUGAUUAUCUAGAGACUCUCAGAGUUGUUUUGUUUUUUCAGAGAUCAGAAAAGAUCUGUAGACCCGUCCCUCUUUUCAAGACUAGGCCGUCUUACCCUCCCGACCCGUGGAGUAACUCCUUACCCCACCCCUGACAGUAACAAUUCAGUGCUACUCCCUCCCCUCUUGCCCUGUCACCCGGCAUGCUGUGCGGGCGCCGAGAGAAAGCAGCCAAUCGACCUGGCCUUCCUUGUAGAUGGCUCGGAUGCCAUGACGAACAUGGACUUCCGGGAUUUGCUGGAUGUCGUGAAGACGACAUAUUAUCAGUUUCAGAUCGCUGAAGGCAUGACUCGGGUAGCAGUGGCAGUGUUCGGUGCAUCCACUAAAGUUAUCUUCGGUUUUGAUGAAUUCUCUCAAGUCAAGGGAAUGGACAAUGCGUUGAGUGGCGUCACCAGACCUGGAGGAGAUGCCAUGGUUGGAUCCGCCCUCAGGGAUGCGAAGAAGCAGAUCUUCAACAAGGCGCGAGACGGGGUGCCGAAAAGACUGAUUCACAUGCUGUGCGGAAGAACCAAAGAUGACGUCAUAAAGCCCGCCGCAGAGCUCCGUAGUGCUGACGUCACCAUCGUUGCGGCAGGGGCAUGCGCGAGUGUCAAUAAGAGGGACUUGUGCAUUAUCGGUAGCCCCCCUCCAUGCGAGAAUGCCGUCAUGAUCAAGACCACCCACCCCCCCAAAGCACCCGCAUGCGAGUUCGCCGAUAAAAUACUUAGCGAUGUACCUCCAAAGCCAACAACACCCCCGACCACAGCUGCGCCAACGACUUCGUCUCCAAGGCCGUCGCCAUCAGAAUCAAGUACUCAGCCGCCCCCGACAGUCUGCACAUCGUGCCAUACGACCCCUAGUAACGCAACUCCCCUCGCGCCUGCGCAGAAAUUCAUCGCCAUCUACGUGCCCGUCCCAGUCCCAGUCCCUGUCCGAGUUCCGGUCCCCAUGCACCAACAAUCACCCCUACCCAUGCCACGCCCUAUCCCUCAUGCACCCCAUCUUGCCACCGGACAAGCUGUCCCACAACAAGCUGUCCCACAAUGGGCCUCACCUCCGAUAGACACCGUCAGCAGUAUCACUACAAGCCCAAUACACCACUUAGCCCCACCCCCAGGGGCAAUACAGUCCGCCUUGCAGGCUCACCUAACCGGCGGAGCCGGCGUCUUACAUCGUUUCGGAUUUCCUUUGUAUCCUGUUACCAUGGGAAUGCCUGGACCACUUCCAGUCAACCCUCUCAGCCCAGACACAAACUUUGUACAUCCGGUUACCCAUCACAUGGUACAUGGGAUGACACAGGGUGACCACGUGGCUGGGACGAUGCACGGAGUGCCACUGAGUGAUCAGAUGGCUGGGGUAGCAGAUCCCAUGGCGAUGUUUCAGGCGGGCUCUCUUCGCCAUCCCGGCAGCCUCGAUGACUUGACGGCUGCUGUCCUUCACCCUACGGGGAUACUGAAUGCUGCAAAGUUUGGUCACCAUGAAGUAGACCACCCCUGGCCGGGUGGCCACGUCCAGAUCUCUCUUCUGGGGGCAGCUUUCCAUGACUCUUCUGGCGAGACCGGCAAAACACUCCAAGCACAUGAUUCGGACGCGUCUCAGUCCCUAGAUGUAUCUCUUCCAAACAAAGGCUCGCAAGAUUCACACGUGCAACCUGGUUUCCAUGACAACUCACCCUCGGAUCACGUGGUGCCUGUCUUUCAUGAUGGAGCCCACGUAGAGGAUAUGUCUGACAUUCGCCCCCCUGGAAGUCUAGGAUUCCACUCGAAUACGAACUCUUCGCACGAGACGUCGCAGAGUUAUGGUCUUGAUGACGUCAGCACGGACUCUCAGAGUUAUCAGAACUCUGUCAUUGGUGACAACGUCUUGCUUUACCCAGCGCAAAAGGUUUCUUCCGAUUUUACAGACCAUGGGACUACGGGAAGUGAAAAGCACGAAACAAAGGAGCAGACUGGAUUUGAUGAUGACAAUUGGAGCGGAAAAAAUAAUCAAGAAAGGGUUGAAAAUGUAGUGUCUCAGAAUACUCAAAAAUCCGUUUCUUUUUCUGAUUCAAACGAAGAUGUAGGGAAUAACAACACGAUGUUUUCAGACCUCCAUAGCUUUGAUACUCCAUACGACCAAGACAGCGCCAGGGAUACGGAAAAUGAUGAGAACACCGGAGCCAAUUACGAUAAACCAGGAAUCAUGUUAUAUCACAGAAAGUCUGCUCGUACCGGUGACAAAUCUCGGCACGUAAAUCAGGACGAUGGAACGACUGGUCAUAACAAAAAAGCAACCUACUCAAAGGAUGACCAGGAACAAUAUCAAGAAGGAAAAGUUUUAGAUGAAGGAAAUGGUUAUGUUCCUGAUUCCCAUGAGGGUAAAGAAAAAAAUGAGUGGGAUAAUUAUGACGGAGACAAUGAUGAUGGUGACUCUAAAACCAUAGAAGCGAACAAAGACAUAAGUGUGUAUCAUCACAGUGAGAGUUUAAAUGACGAAGAAGAGCUCCACCCUCCUCAACUUAUAAGGAACUCACAAUCCACGCUUAGGCACCUAAGGCACGGGAGGGCGCGGCAUAGGCUUAAGGUGCCUGCGCACCACAGAGGCAGACAUAGGAAGAAUGCUACGCCAUCGAGUACGGACAUGGCUCGUGAUGGAUACCACAGUGAUAAUGAAUAUGGGGAUUUAGAUGGUGAAGAUGAACGGCCUCAAAGAAGACAUCGCCAUUCUUACUCUAAAUCCAAUGUUGGAGGCUGCUAUGAUGUUGAUCCGGCAUGUCCUACAUUCCUCCAGUCCGGUUGGGAUUGUACCGGCUCCUCUUACGGCUACAGUAACCAAUUUCUUCGUGAAAACUGUAGGAAAUCAUGCGGACUCUGUGGCAGGGACGACAGUGAUGUGGUCUCAAGCCACACAAGCCAUGAUGGCACUAUCGGUGGUUGGGCGGACAAAACAAUCAACGGACAAACCACUCUCAAAUACGUUUUACAGGAGUGGAAAAGAAAGAGGAACAAGCUCCCUAAACCUAAAAAUGUUCGAUACACGACAUGAUGCUGCUGCCAAACAAUUACACUAAAAAAACAACAACAAUUAUCUUGCCUUACCCUGGUCCUACCAUAGACAGUAAUAUACUUUUCUAAGGUUGACCCCUGAAUCAACCAUUGGUAACAUAACCUUUAAAAGAAAAAGUCGACAACAACGCAGAUUUAUGUUUUUACAAAGAUAUCUCGGCAGGCCAAUACCUACCAGGUUAUAAAUGACCUGGCGCCUUGGUAACGGCCUUCGGUAACGGCCUUGGUAACGACCCCUGGAUCAACCAUUGGUAACAAGACAACCUGCUGCUCUCGCAAGACACGCGAGAGACACGUGGGAAGGCGCUGACACAUUACAUGCGCGUCGCGUGAACAUCAACGCAAGAAUGAAGUAGCCGCCAAGCAUUGUAUCUUUAAAUGCUGCAUUUUAAUAAAUAUCAUUGAUUUUGA